AAAGAAGGCCGAUCGUUUUAAGAUACUCAUUCGUUAAAAGUUUUCUUAACCGUUUGGGUUAAUAAUUUUUUUUCUUGUUAAAAUACUCUUGCUUUUCACAAUUUAAAUUUCCCCAGUGAAGAAAAUUGAAGAUUCAAGGAUAUUCCCUGUGAGAAGAACGAAAAUAGUGAAAAGUGAAAUUUAGUAAAUUUUUUUUCAUUUUUGAAAAAAUAUCUUUUCCCUCUUUCAUAUCCAUGUGAUUAAAUUAAAUUAAAGAAUUUUUACAAAGUUAAUGAAAUACAAAAAUAAUCGCGGCACAAUACUCCAGUUACAAUUUCGGACAUUUUUAUUGAAAAAAGGAUACGAAAAUUCGUCUUUUAAUAUUUUAAGUUAUCUCUCUUAACAAUAAAAUUUUACUUUAAAUAACUUGUGAUAAUUCCGGAGAUGUAAAUAACUCGCCCCUAUAACAAAACAAAAAAACUAUUGACCAUAAUUUUUGUAUUACAAAAAAAAAAGGAACUAUUACCUACAAGAAAACUUAACAAACUAUUUUCAAACGAAAAGUUCCAUUAAAAACUGACAAAUAAAAAAACAUCACUUAACAAAAAAAUCUCACUCAAAUCGUACAAAACUACUGACAACAACAAACAAAAAAUAGACAAAAUGUCACCUCCCACCAGAAUAUCUGUUAUCUCCAUCAUCAUCCUAACAUUCCAAAUCCUCUACGUCCACUCAAUACCACUUCAAACGGAAUUCGAUCAAAUUCCACCAAAAACUCUCGAAAACUCUGAGAUUAUUUCCAAUACAGAAAACUAUCAUGUGAUAUCAACGACAACUGAGACCAAAGAAACUAAUUUCCUAAGUGAACUAUUAUUUGAUGAAGAUCCAGGAAAGGAGCAAUGUAAUCAUCCAGGACAUAAGCCUGGCUUUUCAGGUUUUGAUUAUGCAGUGCUAUUAACCAUGCUUGUUAUAUCUUUAGGAAUUGGAGUAUUUUAUGGAUUUUUCAAAAAAUCCGGUUCGUCAUCUAGUGAAUUCCUUCUUGGAUCAGAGAUGUCAAUUUUCCCAGUAACAUUAAGUUUGACAACCAGCUUCAUAACAGCUAUUGAAUUACUGGGGAAUCCCUCCGAAAUGUACUUCCAAGGAACGCAAUUUGUUUUGAUUGUUAUUCCGAUGGUCCUUGUAAUUCCUGUGGCUGUGAAGAUAUUUUAUCCGAUUUACUUUAAAAUGGAGCUUACAAGUUGCUACGAGUACCUGGGCAUUCGAUUUGGAAAAGAAAUCCGUGUUCUUGGUGCGUUACUGUAUGUCGUUCAGAUGUGUUUUUACACUGCAGUAGCAGUUUUAGCACCAGCAAUUGCACUUUCUAAAGCUACCGGGCUCAAUACAAGAAUUGCUGUUGUACUAAUCUAUCUUGUUUGUGUGUUUUACUCCUCUCAAGGAGGAAUGAAGGCUGUUGUUAUUGCUGAUACAUUUCAAGCUGCAGUUCUAGCUUUUUCACUGGUUUUGAUAAUCAUUCUUGGAUGUUUCUAUUCAGGAGGAUCUGCGUUGAUCUUUGACACUGCUGCUGAAGGAAAUCGUUUGGAGUUUUUCAACUUUUCACCCAAUCCAACAGACCGUCAUACUUUCUUCUCAGUUGUGAUUGGAGGAUUCUUCUACUGGACUUCAUUAUUUUGCACCAAUCAAGCUUCAGUGCAAAAAUGCAUGUCAUUGAAAUCACCGAAAUUGGCUAAUUUGGCUUUGGGAUUUUCAAUUCUUGGUCUAGUCAUAGUUUUUCUUAUGAAUUUCUACACAGGACUUAUGGUCUAUACACAUUAUUCAGGAUGUGAUCCUUUAACAGCUGGACAAAUCACAGCUACAGAUCAACUGUUGCCAUAUUACAUUAUGCAUGUUUAUGAGCAUAUUUACUCAGUUGCUGGUAUAUUUGUAGCUGGUAUUUUUGCUGCAAGUUUGGGUACUGUUGCAUCGGCUUUGAAUUCGUUGGCUGCUGUGACUUGCGAGGAUUUACUUAUAAAUGGACUUAAUAUUAAAAUUUCACCUGAAAGGGGAGCUUUGUAUGCCAAGUGGAUGUCAUUGGGAUAUGGUGCUGUAUCAUUCGUAUUAGUAUUUAUUGUUGAAAAGCUGGGAGGAGUUCUUCAAGCAACACUAACUUUAAACGGUCUGAUUGGUGGUGUCACUCUGGGAUUGUUUCUUUUAGGAAUCUUUUUCAAACAGGCCAACACUAAAGGUGCAUUUUAUGGUGGAAUUAUUUCACUCAUCAUUGUUGUUUUCAUUGGUGUUGUUGCACAAAUUGCUGAUGUUGAACAACCUACAUUACCACUUGCAGCUGAAGCAUGUAGUUGUUUUGUGAACACCACAACUUCAGAACCAGCUGUAGUAUUUUCUGAAGGCAACAGUUUUACAUCUUUUCCACUAUUCCGCAUCAGUUAUAUGUGGUAUUCCCUGUUGGGUGCUGCUUCAACUAUUAUUUUGGGACUUCUCAUCUCUGUGAUUAUCAAUGCCGUUCAAGAAAACCGUGUCAUGCACAUUACACAAAGACCAUCAUCAAGAAAUAGAAUAAGUACAAUAAGCAGUAAUAACAUGAACAGUUUAUCAACAAAUUUCCCAAUGACUCCUUCAAUAGUGACGUCACAAAAGCUAGCAUUUGAAAAUCCUAGUGUGAGGAUUGAUGAUGAAUAACUUUAAUUUUUUUUCUUUUUAAACAAACAAACAA